AUGUAUGGAUGCGCUCCUUGUGGGAACGGGGUUAUUUGCAGGAUAGGGACAUCGACAAUAAAUCCUGCCAGAGCACGGAUAUCGGUAAUGAAUCCUGGUAGCGCGGCUGUGGCCCGGCUGAGGAAGUGGCACUGCCGCGACGUGAGGCGAAUCCCGACUAAUGAAGGCGAUCGCCGGCGCGGCCGUUGCCGGGCGACCGAGCGGGAGCGGCCCGGCCCGGCCCGCGGCUCUUUCCCGGGGCUUCUUCCUGGGGCUCUUUCCCAGGGCUCCUUCCCGGGGCUCUCCGCCGGGUAUUUUUCCCGAGGUUCUUUGCCAGGGCUCUCGGAGGACACGGCGGCGGCCGCGGGCACUGAGAGGCGGCAGCGAAACACCUCCGCCAUGGCGGGGGGAGGCACCGCCGACUGCGGGCUGCAGUUAUUUGUGAAGCCAUUUCAGGAUGAGCUACAGGAGGCAAUUUCUGAUCAUGCAACAAGCAAGGAAAAAGAUGAAUAUCCAGACGACUUUGAAAGUGAUGAAGAUGGCAUGUUAAAUGAUAUUGGGGAAGAACGUGCUGAAAGUAAUUCAGGUUCUACAAGCACUGAGAGAUCUCUUGCUGGGAGUCCUCUCUUGAAUGAUGAUGCUUUACAAAAAGUAGUAGAUUUGGAAAAUGAAGCUGCUGAUGACUUGAAUUUAUCCUUUCAUGAAAAGAAGCUUCAGCAAAUAAUGGUUUUAGAAGGUGAGACCAUACAGAAUGACAGAAAAGAUGAUGAAGAAGGAUGUUUGGAAGGUCAAAAUGAGGAUAACAACAGAAAAAAUAAUGAAGAAGUACUGCGUGAUAAUAGUGAAAGUGAUGACUUGCCUAUUAACAAACUACAUGAAAAAAGAAGUCAAGAGGAAAACCAACCAAAAGCAAAGCCUCAGAUGCGCAAAAAACAAAAUGCUUCAGCACCAGAGAAAGAUCAGAAGACUGUCAACACCAGCGACUUGAAACUGGAGGACAAUGGUAUGAAAUCCCCUUCUGUUGACAGUUCAGAUGGAAUGAUGAAAAUAACAGAAGAGCAAAAAAUAGCUGAUGCUAUGCAGGAGGUGUCAGUGAAUGAUCAAUCUGAGCAUGGGGAGGCAAAAAACAAGAACUCUAUCAAGAAACUAAGUGAAACAAAGGAGAGAGUUCUAAAAACCCCAAAGGGUUCUUUAUCUGACAGGUCUACAACUUCUGUGCAUUUAAAGAGAAAGGGGAAAGCUGUUCCAUCAACUUCACCUGUUUCAUCUCAGUAUCUGGGAUCAUUGAAGAUGUUGGAGGAUAAAUGCAUGCAGAAACAAAGUCCAGCAUUCAACAAAGUAGAUAAUUUAAGGGCAGCUGUUUAUCAGAACUGGUUGGAAAGGAAAAAGCUCCUUUUACUGGAAUUAAAGAGAAGUGAAAAAGAAAAAGCUGAAAUUCUAAGGAACAAUACUGAAAAGAAAGAGGCACUUAAAAGAGAAGAAGCAAUUGCCUGUUAUGAAGCCUGGAAAAAAAAGAAAGAGAAAGAAGCAAGAAAGUUGAGUGAAAGAAAAAAGCAUGAGGAACUUGAGGAAAAGAAACCAGCAGAACAGAAUAAGGAAAAAACAGAAGCAGCACAAGCGGCAUUCAAAAAAUGGAAAGAAAGAAAAGUGGAAUAUUUAAGAGAGCAAAACAGGAAGGAAAAACAAUCUGAAAGAAUGAGGAAGAAGAUAGAAGAGGACCUAGUUGCAGAGAAGAGGAGAGUCAGUGUAUCAGCAGUUGAAAAAUGGAAUGAAAAGAAGAAAGAAUAUAUCAAAAAGAAAAAAGUAGAAAAGUUCCUGGAGAAAAAAAAGCGAGAAAUGCAACAGGCAAAGAAGGAAGAAAAAAGUGAAAAGGCUAUGGAGGAAUAUGAAAGAUGGCUGGAAAACAAAAUGAGGAGAGAACAGCUUGAGAAGAACCAAAAGAAGUUGCAGGCUGUCCAUGGGAAUGAAAUGAGUCCUCCCUGGAGACCACCCGGCAAAGUCACAUAUUCUAGUAAUUACUAAGCAGUUUAUUGCCUUCCCAAAGAACAGAUAGCUUACAAAGUGCUGUCAAUAGCCAGUAGCUCUUUUGUUAUCAGCUGAUUUUCACUGAAUCUAUUAUAGGUGUUAAAUUAUUUCUUUUUAGUUUAAUUGAUAUCUGCAGUUUAAAUAAACCUGUUACUCAUUUGCAUUGCUUUAGAAAAUGUAAUAAUUUUUCUAAUUCCACAUUUAAAUUACUUCUGCUAAAUGCCAUGGUAUGUCAUUUAUAUCCAGGAUUUAUAUCCAGGAUAUUUAUAUAGAUACAGAGAAAAUAUAUAUUGCAGAUAGGUGAAUACAGGGCUUUCAUAAGCUCCAGGUCUGGCUCCGGCUGUUACCUCAUGGCAGGCCAGGCAUUAUUUCCAGCAGUAGUGGAGAAAAGAGAAAGAAUCUACUGCCAGCAGAAACUUUCAAGUAGCUGAGAAGAUGCCCAGCUAGAGCAGCUUCAGUGGCCCAUGUAAGAGGCAGAGUAAACUUUAAGACUGCAGCAGGAGAGAUGAGGAAUUGCAGCCCUGGCAGAAUGCAAAAGAAUUGCCAAUUCAAAACUGGCACACCUGGAUUUUUUGAGAAAAUACUAAAUUACUUCAGGCCUUCAGAGUGGGGUGGUGAUGUCCAUCAUUGAUGCUCUGGGCUUUUAGAACUUGGAGCCUUGAAUUUGAGUUUAGUCUGUUAAGAAACUCCAACUAUAGUAUCAUGGGAGGAUGAAAUUUGUAGCAGGCACCAGAGUUUAUUGUACAACAGACCUGAAGAGUCUGAGACAAGGCAGCCUGUGAGAAAGGGAUCAUCUGUAUCUUUAUUUUUGCAGUGUCCACCUAGAGGAAGCAAAGAAGGUCCCUAUGCUGAUUUAAGGGAUGGAAAUUAAAAGUGUGGUAGGAUUAGUGGCAGAGAUAAAGAGAGUUUGUCAGGUGCCUGUUCCUGAGCUGAAUGCUGCAUCCUCACUGAAUUUAAGCCUUUCUAUAACUGGGUAGAAGGUUUUGACAGAAGACAGAAGUGAGAUGUGGGUGACAUCUUUCAGAGGAAUGAGGAGAAGCUCACAAAUUGACAACUUCUCAAUUAGGAAAAGAUGCUGAAGUCUGUAGACAGAGGAAAACAACUAGUUGAUAUGUUUAACUAUUAUAAUAAAAUUUGGGGAGCUUCAUUUAAUGUUAUAUUGUAAAAAUUUGUACAUGUUACAGCAUAACACAAAUGUCAUAGGAGAAUUAGAGCUGAGAAAUAUAUAAAUAUGUACAUUAAUGUAUAAGAACAUACAUAUAUCUGUAUAGAUCCUACCUAUAUGUUUAUUGAUGACAGAAGAUAUUUUGUAUUAAUAAAGUAUAUUUUAGUACAAUGA